AUGCAUCUGCUUGUUGUUUUCCUGCUCCUAGCCUGGGUCUCUGCCCAGGGCACGCCCACCCCAACUACCGACUCGUCUGUACCCACUGUCACGCUCAACUACUGCACCGUCGUGCCUGUCGCUGGCAACGAGUCUCUCGGCUACUACAAAUAUCAGAACAUCCGGUAUGCUGCGGUCCCUACCAGCGACCUCCGCUGGGCCAAGCCGCAGUGGCCUCCUGUCGAGACGGAGGUCAACAAUGGCUCCCUGGCCGAUGCAGACGUCGACUGCGCGUCUGAGGAGGACUGUCUCUACCUGGACGUCUGGGCCCCAGCCAACCGCACUGGCAAGACGCUGCCCGUCAUGGUGUGGAUAUACGGCGGCGGAUUCACCGGCGGCAGCAAGUCGCAAAAUACCCCCGAGGGCCUGUUCAGCCUGUCCACCGACUUCGUCUUCGUCGCCUUCAACUACCGACUCGGAAUCACCGGCCUGGCCAACGGGCCUACCGUGCUGCACGAGGGCGCCACCAGCAACACGGCCCUGUGGGACGUCCAGCAUGCCUUCCAGUGGACGAGAAAGUACAUCGGCGCCUUCGGGGGCGAUCCGGAGCAGAUCACGGCGGUGGGGUUUUCUGCGGGCGCAUCGCAAGUGUUGUUCCAGAUGACGCGCUUUGCUGGCCAUGCCGAGCAGCUGUUCGCCCGCGCCUAUGUCAUGUCGCCCGGCUUUGUGCCUGGCGCUGGCCACCACCAUGCAGAGGCUGCGAGGGCGGACAUGUCGACUGCAUGCGUAAAGUCGACUUUGCGACGCUCACCAGCGCUGCCAGCGAGGUGCAAGAAACUCACCUACCAGUUCCAGCCUCGCGUCGACGGCGACUUUGUAGCCGACACCUACGAAGCCCAGUUCUACCAGAAGCGUUUCAACUUCAGCGGUCCCCUAGUGAUCAGCCACGAGCAGCACGAGGCCAACAGCCAGCCGUGGGAAGGCGUCAACACGACCGAAGAUGUGGCGACAUACUUGCGCAUCUUCUUCCCGGCUAUCACCGACGAUGUCGUCGAAGAGGCCCUGGCGCUGUAUCCCGAAGCAGACUAUGCGAGCCCAGGCCUGCGUUUUGCGGACAUGAAGCAAUCGUUUGACCUGACAGCCCAUGAUCUGGCCGUGACGCAGGCCCUCGAAAACAAGACGUGGAAUGCCAUGGUGGCGCUGGGUGAAGCCACUCACGGGACGGAUCAGAGUUACUAUUGGUACAGUACCUACACGCUUUCCUCAGUGAGCAAUUCGUCACCUACAGUUGCAAGCAAUUCAUCUGUCGGCCCUCCAGCCGGUGGAAGCUCGUCCGUCAACUCGACCAUCGCCAUCAAAAUGCAGAAAUACCUCCUCUCCUUUGUGCUGACAGGCGAUCCUAACACCUUGUGGGCUGACGACAAGCCGUACUGGCCGCAGUAUGGCAACGCGUCCACGCAGCUGGUCUUCAACUCGUCCUUUUACCUGGCGGAGGAUGACCUGGCGAAUGCGAAAAGUCUGUUCUGGAACAAGGCGCUCUGGUACUGA